AUGCUGGUCGGAGACUUCAAUGUCCACAACACGGCUUGGCUCGGCAGCUCUAAGACCACCCGUGCAGGGGAGUACAUGGAGGAACUAAGUGCUGCCCACAGCCUCAUGCAGCAUGUCCAAGAACCAACCCGAGGUCUCAACACCCUGGACUUAGUGCUCUCUGACUUCACUGGUACUGUGACCACCGGUAUCUCGCCGCCGAUAGGAAGGUCAGACCAUUGUGUUGUCCACGCUGUGCUCGCUCAAGCCCCGCUAGAAAAUGAGCCCAGCACACGGAGACGUGUGUGGCGAUAUGGCCAAGCCGACUGGAACAGACUGCGUGCCCACUACCGUCGCAUUGCCUGGGCAGCUGAGUUUCCGGAGGACCCAGAGGAAGCAUGCAGCCUUGUUACUAGGCACAUCGUGUCUGGGAUGCUGCAGUUUAUUCCCCACAAGAUGCUGGAAACAAGGCCGUCCGAUCCGAGCUGGUGGACACCAGAAUGCACUGAGGCUCAACGUGCCAAAGAGAAAGCAUGGAAGGCCUGGCGUCACCAGGGGCCCAGCGAAUGCCUGAAGCAGUCGUUCAUGACAACUGUCACUCAAUCUAUUACAACCCAACAUCGUGCACAACAAGCUGAAGAGCAGACAGUCCGAGAGCGUCUCACACGUGGUUCCAUGAGAGACAAGGACUGGUGGAGGAAUGUCAAGCGCGCCGCCGGUCUGGGUAGGACUACAGACGUGCCAACACUCACUGAUGCUGACGGGCACGAGCACAGUACAUCGAAAGCCAAGAGCGAGUGCCUUGCUAGAUUCUUUGCUGAAAAAUGUAGCCUUGGGGAUAAUGACAUCGACAAUGCUGAGUUACCAGCAACACCCCGCACUACCACUCCGGGCCUGCAGCGCAUCCGCUUCCGCGUCUCUGAAGUCCAACAGUGCCUGAAGCGUCUCAACACAUCCAAAUCCACUGGUCCAGAUGAGAUCCCAGGACGAGUACUCAAGGAGUGUGCAGCUGAACCUCUGAACAUCCGCUGGCUAGAUUGUUUCGCCUGUGUUUUGCAAAUGGAGUCCAGCCCCAAUCAUGGAAAAUUGCCCGUGUCGUUCCAGUGCACAAGAAAGGACCCAAAUCCAUGA